GACGUGCGCCAACGUCAGGGGGCCGGGACAGGGGGGCGGGGGCGGGCCCGGGCCUGGAUUGGUCACCAUGGCGACCGAAGCACCGCCGACGUCGGCUGCUGGAGAGUGGGGGACGGCGCACUGGGAGGGGCGCAGGCCUGGCCGGCGCGCUCCUUCCGGGCUCAGACGCCUUCCCCUCGCCCCUCCGCCUCGGCGCUGCCAGGGGCGGGGUCGCCUCUCGGCCCGCUCCGUUCAUCGGCCUUCCAGGCGAAGGGCAAGAGCGAGCCCUGGCGGACCGUGCGGAGGGAUGCAGAGACCUGGAUGCGGCCUGCGAUCUCCUUCCCCGCCCUGGCGUUCUCCGCCCACCCGGGGUCCUUCCCGCCAAAACCUCUCACCUACAAGUACAGCGCGCCCUAAAUUUGGCACCGGCAAAGAACUGUGGCUGAGCAACGCGUUGCUCACAGGCUCCUUUCUUUGUGUCCUUUUCUCUUCUCGUUGCUAUAUAUAAUAAAACCCUCCACGUUUUGAUGUCUCCGAGGAGUCAUUCUGACAGCAGUGCAGUCGCUUAUAGACUCACAGAAUGUCAAUGUCAGCGCUGAAGAGAUCUUGGAGAUCACUUAAUCCAGAGAUUUGGAGCCUCUUGUGAGCUUCGGAGUCUGGAACCCCCUAAAACACAGGACGAAGAAGACCGCAAGGAAUAAAGGGAAUUGCCAAGGUCACACGCGAUGGUCGAGAUCUCAGAUGCACUGAGAAGAGACAUGGCUUAUCUCAUCAGAGCUUGCCCUGUUCUUGUCUCUCCAUGCUUUUCAACAGCCACCAACUGCCUUCUCAGCCCUGGGAAGUAGAUAAGAAAUUCAAGCACGUGAGCAAGACAUUCGAAAACACAGAGGCUGUCAAAACAGAGAUAGAGGUCUUACUAUGUAGCCCAGGCUGGUCUUGAAUUCCUGGCCUCAAGGGAUCCUCUUGUCUAGGUCUCCCAAAGCACUGGGAUUGUAGACCUCCUUAUCUAUUUUUCUUGAAUCAUGAGAGAUGAAAUUGCAACAACAGUUUUCUUUGUCACAAGACUGGUGAAAAAACAUGAUAAACUAAGUAAACAGCAAAUAGAAGACUUUGCAGAAAAGCUGAUGACGAUCUUGUUUGAAACCUACAGAAGUCACUGGCACUCUGAUUGCCCUUCUAAAGGGCAAGCCUUCAGGUGCAUCAGGAUAAACAACAAUCAGAAUAAAGAUCCCAUUCUAGAAAGGGCAUGUGUGGAAAGUAAUGUAGAUUUUUCUCACCUGGGUCUUCCGAAGGAGAUGACCAUAUGGGUAGAUCCCUUUGAAGUAUGCUGUAGGUAUGGUGAGAAAAACCAUCCAUUUACAGUUGCUUCUUUUAAAGGCAGAUGGGAGGAGUGGGAACUAUAUCAACAAAUCAGUUAUGCGGUUAGUAGAGCCUCGUCAGACGAUUCCUCUGGCACUUCCUGCGAUGAAGAAAGUUGUAGCAAGGAACCUCGUGUCAUUCCUAAAGUCAGCAAUCCGAAGAGUAUUUAUCAGGUUGAAAACUUGAAACAGCCCUUUCAAUCUUGGUUACAAAUCCCCCGCAAAAAGAAUGUGGUGGACGGCCGUGUUGGCCUCCUGGGAAACACUUACCAUGGCUCGCAGAAGCACCCUAAGUGUUACAGGCCUGCUAUGCACCGGGUGGACAGGUACCACUGGGUCAACACACACCGAUGACGCAGCGACUGGGCAUGUGGUGGGCGAGAGCUCAGAGGAGUGCCUUUAUUCUCUCUAAAAUAAAAAUGAAUUUAAGGUUGAGAGGCCCAUGAAACAAAAAAUGACCGUAUUAGGGACUAGGGUACACAAUGGUAAAUCCUCUCAUACAGAUCAUGACUGUUCUUAGCUCUACUUUUAAUUCUUAUUUAAUUUUACAUGAAGUUUUAUGUAACAUUAGUGAAUGUACCCAGUAAGGUAACAGAAUGAAGAUACUGACCUGUAAUAAGACUCAAUGAAUUAUGAAAAGUAAUGGUGUAAAUAAACGUACAGUGUUUUUAAUA